GCUUAUUAUAUUCAAAAUUCAAGCAAUGCUUAAUGCUAUUCUAACCUGCUACUGAUAACUAAAAUGUUCACUGGAAGGCAUGGAGAGAUCCAUACACAUUGGAGAUAUGCCUUCUAUGGAAGCAUCAAGAUAAGAAAAAGAAGAAGAAUUUUUAACUGAUUAGUGAUUUUAUCAACUGCAAAAAACAUAUAUCAAUCAGAUCACAAUUCUACUAAUUUGGAGAGAAAAAGAUAAUUUGUUCUGGUGAUAAAGUGAAAAGUAUAAUAAGGGCAAAAUAGCAUUGUACACAACCAUUGAAUGGAGGUAAUUACCACAAUUGGAAGUUUAGAAUGGAAUUAUACCUCUCAGAAAAUACAGAUUAAAAAUGCAUUGAUACUGAGGUUGGCUCAGGUUGGGAGCUGCGAGGACUUUAUUGUUACAAAUUCUUUAAUAUUAGGCACUCAUGGGAAAAAGCUGCAGAGUUAUGUCGGAGAUACGGAAGCGAUCUUAUGGCUGUAGAAUCCUACUCAGAAAACAAUUUGACAGCAACCAUAGCGAAUACUUCCGGAUCAGUAGAUCGACGAGGGUUGGAUCAUUAUUGGUUAGGACUAGCAUCCCUCGAUGAUCUUAGGACAAACACUCUAGAAUCAGCUGCUGGUACCUUAGUGUCUCAAUACUCGGGAUUCUGGUCCUUGAAGCAACCGGAUCCUCAAUUAGGAGAAUGCGUGGAUGUGGCAAUAACGGAAGAUUCACAAUCUUGGGAACUGACUACUUGUGAAAGUUUGCUGCCAUUCAUGUGUAGGGCUAAAGCAUGUCCAAGUGGAAGCUUCCAUUGUUCCAAUGGAAAUUGCAUUAAUGAAAAAUUUAAGUGUGAUAAACAAGAUGACUGUGGUGAUAACAGUGAUGAGUUGGACUGUGCCCAAAAUUGCAAUUUUUACUUGGCAAGCAGUGGUGAUGUCGUGGAGUCCCCUUACUAUCCUCACAAAUAUGCUCCUUUAACUAAUUGCAAAUGGACCCUCGAGGGACCCCAGGGCCAUAACAUUUUAUUGCAGUUCCAAGAGUUUGAGACUGAGAAAACGUUUGAUACGGUACAAAUUUUAGUUGGAGGUCGGACUGAAGAUACUUCUGUUAAUCUGGCUACAUUAUCAGGCAAACAAGACCUUACUAACAGAUCUUUUGUAUCUGCAAGCAAUUUUAUGAUAGUGAAAUUCAGCACUGAUGCCUCAGUUGAAAAGAAAGGGUUUAGAGCUUCAUGGAAAACAGAACCUCAAGUGUGUGGAGGCACCCUUAGGGCAACUCCUCAAGGUCAAAUUUUAAAAUCUCCUGGAUAUCCUGAACAGUACCCCGGUGGUUUAGAGUGCUUAUACAUGAUUCAAGCCCAAAAUGGACGUAUUAUCACUUUAGAAAUUGACGAUCUCGAUCUAGACGAAACCAGAGAUUACAUUUUAGUUCGUGAUGGUGACUCACCUAGAAACAAACCGAUCGCUAGGCUAACAGGAAAUGCUGAGAACAACCAAAAAAUUGUCAUGUCCACCCAUAGUCAACUAUACGUGUAUUUUAAGACCAGCCUGGGAGAUUCUAAACGAGGUUUUAGAAUAAGAUACACUCAGGGUUGUAAAGCUACUAUUGUAGCAAGGAACGGUACAAUAACUAGUCCAGCUUUUGGAUUAGAAAACUACCCUAGCAACCAGGAAUGUCUUUAUAAGAUUAGAAACCCGAUUGGAGGACCGUUAAGUUUGAAUUUUGAUAACUUUGCCGUUGAUAAGAGCGAUUAUGUUCAAGUGUUUGAUGGGUCUACUACUAGUGGCUUAAGAUUACAUCCUGGCAAUGGCUUCACCCAAACAUCGAAGCCUAAAAUAACCCUGACAGCUUCCAGUGGAGAAAUGUUGGUCAGGUUUACAACAGAUGCUUUACAUAGCAAGGAAGGAUGGCAAGCAACGUUCUCAGCAGACUGUCCACAACUUCAGCCGGGUGCAGGCGCUUUAGCGUCAAGCAGAGACACAGCUUUUGGUACAAUUAUCACAUUCAGCUGUCCAGCUGGACAGGAAUUUGCAACUGGUAGAAAUCGGUUAACCACCCAAUGUUUGCCUGGUGGUAAUUGGUCCAUUAGUUACAUACCCAAAUGUCAAGAAGUGUAUUGCGGUCCGGUUCCACAGAUCGAUAACGGAUUUUCAAUCGGAUCGACUAAUGUCACUUAUAAAGGUCAAGCGAUGUAUCAAUGUUAUGCUGGAUUCGCUUUCCCAUCUGGGCAACCCAUAGAAAGAAUCUCUUGCUUGGCUGAUGGUAAAUGGGAGAAAAAACCGAACUGUUUAGCAUCCCAGUGUGCAACUCUUCCAGAAGUUCCACAUGCUAACAUGACUAUUCUUAACGGCUUAGGUCGUUCUUAUGGUACUAUUAUUCGUUAUGAAUGUGAACCUGGAUAUAUUCGUACUGGACCCCCAGUCAUUCUUUGUAUGAGUAAUGGAACUUGGAGUGGGGAUGUGCCUGUGUGUUCUAGAGCUAGAUGUCCCGUUCUGCCAGAAAUAACCAACGGAAUUAUAACAGAUCCAUCUCGUACAUACUACUUCCAAGACGAAGCUCGCGUGCAAUGUUUCAAAGGAUUCAAAUUAAUUGGGCAAAGUAUCCUAAGGUGUGGAGAAAACCAGCUCUUUAACAACCCUCCCAAGUGUGAAGAUAUUAAUGAAUGUAUCAGUAGCCAAUGUGACGUUGCCUCCACUUCAUGUGUAAAUAGUCCCGGCUCUUUCCAGUGCAAGUGUAAAAAAGGUUUUGCUCCAACAAACGAAUGCCGACCAGUAGCUGAUUUGGGAUUAAUCAAUGGUGGCAUCCCUGAUGAAUCCAUAACUGUAUCAGGUAGUGAAGCUGGAUAUGAUAAAACGAUGGUACGUCUAAGCUCAGACGGUUGGUGUGGUAACGCAAUUGAUGGUGGUUCUAAUUGGGUGAUGUUGGACUUACGUGCUCCCACAAUUAUUCGCGGUUUCAGAACUAUGGCCAUCACCAGGCCAAAUGGAGAUGUAGCAUUUACGUCUGCAGUCAGAAUCCAAUAUACUGAUGAUUUGACGGAUGUAUUCAAAGAUUAUCGAAACCCUGAUGGCUUGGCAGUGGAAUUUACCAUAGAGAAACCAACAUUGAGUAUAUUAAAUUUGCCUGUACCUAUUGAGGCACAAUAUGUCAAGUUUAAGAUUCAGGACUAUGUUGGUGCCCCAUGUUUAAAACUCGAAGUAAUGGGUUGCACUCGAUUAGAAUGUCAAGAUAUCAAUGAAUGCGCUCUCGAUAACGGCGGUUGUCAACAGAAAUGCAUUAACAGCGCUGGAGACUAUUCUUGUUCCUGUAACGUCGGAUACGAGUUAUAUCAGCAAAAUGGAACUGCUUCUUAUUAUAUUGAAUCAUCAGAGAAUGGCAAAAGGGAUGGUGACAUAUACCAAGUGAACAAAUCUUGCGUGCCUGUUUUAUGCCCUUCAUUGAACUCUCCUGAGAACGGUCUCAUUUUAUCAACAAAAGAAAAGUAUCAUUUUGGUGAUCUUGUUAGAUUUCAAUGUGAUUUUGGUUACGUUAUGAGUGGAAGUGCCUCUCUUUUGUGUACUUCUACCGGGGCAUGGAAUGGAACGGUACCUGAAUGUAAAUAUGCUCAAUGCGUCUCUCUCCCAGACGACAAAAACGAGGGACUUAAAGUAAUUAGGAGUAACGAAAACAGCGUUUUGGUACCAUUUAGGGAUAACGUUACCUUACAUUGUGGCAACACUGGAAGACAAUUAAGAAGAACCUCUAGUGCCGGAUUUAGACAAUGUGUUUAUGAUCCUAAACCAGGUUUUCCGGAAUAUUGGCUUUCUGGUGCUAUGCCUUCUUGUCCAAGAAUCGACUGUGGUGUCCCGCCUCCGACACCCGGAGCAGAAUAUGGUCAAUAUAUGGACACCAAACAUCAAUCGUCAUUCUUCUUUGGAUGUCAAAACACAUUUAAACUUGCUGGACAGAGUAGCAAACAUGACAAUGUUGUUAGAUGUCAAGCUAAUGGUGUAUGGGAUUUCGGAGAUUUAAGAUGUGAAGGGCCAGUGUGCGAAGAUCCAGGUCGCCCUAGCGAUGGUUUCCAAUUGGCCCGUAGCUAUGAACAAGGUUCAGAAGUUGGUUUUGGUUGUAACCGAGCUGGUUACAUUUUGAUCAACCCUCGCCCGAUCACUUGCGUCAGGGAACCGGAAUGUAAAGUGGUGAAACCUUUAGGACUGGCUUCAGGUAAAAUUCCGGAUUCAGCAAUUAACGCUACUAGUGAACGUCCCAAUUAUGAAGCUAAAAAUGUUAGAUUGAAUUCGGUGACGGGGUGGUGUGGAAAACAAGAGGCUUUUACUUAUGUUAGCGUGGACUUGGGAAAAGUUUAUAGGGUGAAAGCGAUUUUGGUAAAAGGAGUUGUUACCAAUGAUAUUGUUGGUAGACCUACGGAAAUUCGUUUCUUUUAUAAACAGGCUGAAAAUGAAAACUAUGUAGUGUAUUUCCCUAACUUCAACUUAACAAUGAGGGAUCCAGGAAAUUAUGGUGAAUUGGCCAUGAUUUCAUUGCCAAAAUAUGUUCAAGCCAGAUUUGUGAUUUUGGGUAUUGUUAGUUACAUGGACAAUGCCUGUCUGAAAUUCGAACUUAUGGGUUGUGACGAGCCUGAUAAAGAACCCUUAUUGGGUUAUGACUAUGGAUAUUCUCCGUGUGUCGACAAUGAAACCCCUGUAUUCCAAAACUGCCCUCAACAACCCAUUAUAGUCCAAAAGGAUUCAAACGGUGGAAUUUUACCCGUUAACUUUACAGAACCAACCGCAGUUGACAACUCCGGAAGCAUUGCCAGAUUAGAAGUAAAGCCUGCAAACUUUAAAACUCCCAUGUACGUUUUCGAAGACAUGGUCGUCAAAUAUGUGGCAUUUGAUUAUGAUGGAAACGUAGCCAUUUGUGAAAUUAAUAUUACUGUACCUGAUAAUACACCACCUCAGCUCAGCUGCCCUCCGAGUUACGUGAUUGAAUUAGUGGAUCGCCAGGAAAGUUAUCCCGUUAAUUUCAACGAAACUAGAGUGAGAAUUAAUGCGACCGACUCAUCUGGCGCUGUUGAACUGAAGUUCAUACCAGAAAAAGCAACGAUUGCUAUUGGUGGCUUUGAAAAUGUUACUGUCAUUGCUACUGAUAAAUAUGGUAAUAAAGCGUCAUGUCAUUACCAGGUAUCAGUCCAAGCGACUCCGUGUGUAGAUUGGGAAUUGAAACCUCCAGUUAAUGGUGCUAUCAAUUGUCUGCCAGGAGAUCGUGGCUUACAAUGUAUUGCCACUUGCAAUCCAAAUUAUAGAUUUACAGAUGGAGAAGCAGUAAAAACCUUUUCGUGUGAUAAAAAUACACCUUGGAGGCCUACGAGUGUCGUUCCUGAUUGUGUUUCAGAAAAUACCCAACAAGCAGACUACCACUUUACAGCCAUGAUGAACUACAGAGCAAAUGGUGCUGUUGCUACUUCCUGUCUCAAGCAAUACACCGAGUUACUAGCUCAAUAUUAUAAUAGCUUGGAUAAUGUUUUAUCUGAAAGAUGCUCGGCAGUCAAUGUUAAAAUGAAUGUGUCAAUUAUUAAUGCUAUGGCCAGUUUGAUCGAUGAUAACGUUGUAAAGAUCGACUUCAUAAUAGAUAUUGUGCCUGCAGUGCGUCAACCACAAGUCUACAAUUUAUGUGGAAGCACUUUAACAUUGAUGUUUGAUUUAUCAGUACCUUAUGCAAACGCAGUCAUCGAACCCUUACUUAAUGUUUCUGCUAUUGGUAAUCAGUGUCCUCCCUUAAGGGCUCUUAAAUCUGAAAACAAUCGGGGAUUCACUUGUAACAUUGGCGAGGUUCUUAAUAUGGAUACUAAUGAUGUACCAAGAUGCCUCCAUUGCCCUGCUGGUACAUUUGCUGGGUUGAAGCAAAAGGAGUGUACCUAUUGUCCAAGAGGUUUUUAUCAAAAUAGAGACAGACAAGGCGCAUGCCUGAGAUGUCCCCAAGGAACCUAUACCCGGGAAGAAGGAUCAAAAAGCGUACACGAUUGCGUACCAGUUUGUGGUUAUGGUACCUAUUCUCCAACUGGAAUGGUGCCUUGUUUGGAAUGUCCAAGGAAUAGUUUCUCUGGCGAACCUCCAACAGGAGGGUUUAAGGAUUGUCAGGCUUGUCCAGCGAAUACUUUCACUUACCAACCAGCAGCUGCAUCAAAGGAUCUUUGUAAACCGAAGUGUAAUCCUGGACAAUAUUCACCAACAGGCUUGGCUCCUUGUUCAUUCUGUCCAAAAGACUUCUAUCAAUCAAUUUCUGGACAAAUCUCUUGUAACGAAUGCCCAACAAAUAUGAAGACAGAAGGACCAGGCGCAUCUGGUAGGGACGAAUGUCACCAGAUACAAUGCACUGAAAACGCUUGCCAACAUGGCGGUUUAUGUGUCCCAAUGGGACAUGGAAUUCAAUGUUUCUGCCCCGCUGGUUUCUCAGGUCGCAGAUGCGAGAUCGACAUUGACGAAUGUGCCUCACAACCCUGUUAUAACAGUGGUACUUGUAUUGACUUACCACAAGGAUACAGGUGUCAAUGUCCACCGGGAUACUCAGGCAUAAACUGCCAGGAAGAAAGAUCCGACUGUUCAAACGACACAUGUCCUGCACGUGCCAUGUGUAAAGACGAACCUGGAUAUAAAAAUUACACUUGUUUAUGUCGCUCUGGCUAUACAGGAGUAGAUUGUGAUGUCACUAUUGAUCCGUGUACUGCCAACGGUAACCCUUGCAACAAUGGCGCCACCUGUAUGGCUCUCGAGCAAGGUAGAUUUAUGUGCGAGUGCUUACCGGGUUGGGAGGGACAGACUUGUGAAAUUAACGUGGAUGACUGUGCGGAAAAACCUUGUUUAUUGAACGCAAAUUGUACAGAUCUUGUGGACGAUUUUAGUUGUUCUUGUCCACCAGGAUUCACUGGAAAAAGAUGCCAGGAAAAGAUUGAUCUGUGUUCCAAAAACCCAUGCAAAAACGGAAUUUGCGUAGAUAAAUUAUUUUAUCACGAAUGCAUUUGUGAACCAGGAUGGACUGGAGAGAAUUGUGAAGUUAACAUUAACGAUUGUCAAGCUAAUCCUUGUGAAAACGGCGGCAACUGCAUGGAUCUUGUUGAUGAUUACGUCUGUACUUGCGAACCUGGGUUCACUGGCAAACGUUGUCAACAUUCAAUUGACUUCUGCUCAUCCAAACCCUGCCAAAAUGGGGCGAGUUGCACUGACCUGGUGGACGGUUUCAGUUGCAAAUGUCGACCGGGUUUCGUAGGUCUACAAUGCGAAGCUGAAAUUGACGAAUGCUUGAGUGAUCCUUGUAAUCCAGUUGGAACUGAUAAGUGUGUCGAUUUGGAUAACAAAUUCUUCUGUAUGUGCAAAGAGGGAUAUUCUGGAACGAUGUGUGAAGAGAACAUUGAUGAUUGUGAGAGUGACCCUUGCUUGAAUGGAGGUUCUUGUAGAGAUGAAGUGGGGGCUUACAAAUGUAUUUGUCAGCCAGGCUGGACGGGACAGAACUGCGAAACUGACAUUGGUAGCUGUCAAAAUUUGCCUUGUCAAAAUGAUGCCAAGUGUAUUAACUUGUUCCAAGACUAUUUCUGUGUCUGUCCAUCAGGUACUGACGGCAAACAGUGUGAGACCGCUCCAGAAAGGUGUAUUGGUAAUCCUUGUAUGCACGGCGGUAAAUGUAAAGAUUUUGGUUCUGGACUCAAUUGUACUUGUAAAGAAGGAUUUACAGGUAUUGGAUGCCAAUACGAAUACGAUGCAUGUCAACAAAACGCUUGUAAAAAUGGUGCUUCAUGCACCAACAGCAUUUUUGGCUUUAAAUGCGUUUGCCCUCCGGGAUACACUGGAAAAUACUGCGAAGAGGAUAUUGUCGAUUGUAAAGAGAAUUCUUGCCCACCCAGUGCAACUUGCGUCGAUUUAACUGGCAAGUUUUAUUGUCAGUGUCCGUUUAAUUUGACUGGUGAAGAUUGUAGAAAAACGAUUUCUGUUGACUAUGACCUUUAUUUCACUGACCCCAGUCGUAGCUCGGCCUCCCAGGUCAUUCCAUUUUAUACUACUUCAGCUUCCAGUCUUACCAUUGCUAUGUGGAUUCAAUUUACACAAAAAGAUGAGAAUGGAAUAUUCUUUACUUUAUAUAGUGUUAGUGAUAAACACGUACCAUCCAACCGACGCCCAAUAGUACAAGCACAUUCAAAUGGGGUACAAGUAUCGAUAUUCCCUGAUCUACAAGAUGCUUACUUAAGCUACAGAGAUUAUACCACCGUCAACGAUGCUCAAUGGCAUCAUAUCGCUAUUGUAUGGGACGGAGAGAACGGAGGAGAACUUAAACUAAUCACGGAAGGGCUUAUCGCCAGUAAAAUCGAAGGCUAUGGAGGUGGAAGAAAAUUACCUGAAUAUGCUUGGGUGACCCUCGGAAAACCUCAAUCCGGAAACCCUAAAGCAUAUACUGAAUCUGGCUUCCAAGGACACCUCACAAAAGUCCAAAUUUGGAACAGGGCCCUUGAUGUCACUAAUGAGGUGCAAAAACAAGUUAGGGAUUGUCGAACUGAACCUGUGCUAUAUAGAGGCCUUAUUUUGACGUGGGCUGGAUAUGAAGAUACCGUUGGAGGAGUGGAAAGAGUGGUUCCAUCCCACUGUGGACAACGCAACUGCCCACCAGGUUAUACCGGAGCAAAAUGUCAAGAAUUGGAAGUAGACAAAAUUCCACCCAAAGUUGAAUAUUGUCCAGGUGAUCUGUACAUCAUUACCAAAAACGGAUCUUCAUUAGGUGUAUGGGAUGAGCCUCACUUUAGCGAUAAUGUAGGAGUUGUUAAUAUUCAGGAAAAGAGUGGCCACCGUCCAGGCCAGACUUUGUUAUGGGGAACUUAUCAGAUUGCUUAUGUUGCUAGCGAUGAAGCUGGCAAUACUGCUACAUGUACUUUUAAGGUCUCGGUAUUAUCGGAAUUCUGUCCCGAGCUCCCUGAUCCAAUUGGCGGAUAUCAAACAUGUAAAGACUGGGGCGCAGGUGGUCAAUUCAAAGUCUGUGAAAUAGGGUGCAACUCUGGCCUCAAAUUCUCACAAGAAAUUCCGAAAUUCUACACGUGUGGAGCAGAAGGUUUUUGGAGACCCACAAUUGAUUCUAAUUUACCAUUGAUUUAUCCUGCAUGCUCUCCGGCUAAACCAGCUCAAAGAGUAUUCAAAAUAAAUAUGCUGUUCCCAAGUUCUGUUCUUUGUAAUGAAGCAGGUCAAGGGGUUCUACGCCAAAGGGUGCGAAAUGCCGUUAACACUCUUAACAGAGAUUGGAAUUUCUGUUCAUUCUCGGUCGAGGGUACCAGAGAGUGUAAGGAAUUGAACAUUGAUGUGUCUUGUGAUCAUAGAAAUAAAAGACAAGCAAGGCAAACAGAAGAUGAAGAUGAAAGCACUUAUGUUAUUGAUGCAAGUGUACCUGCUGAAAAACAAGAUAGACAAGGACGCCAAUCGACCAGCGAUACCUACAACAUUGUAAUUGCUUUCCCAGCAUUGAAUGAUCCUGUAGUAAACACUAACACCAAUGAACGUGCGGCUGUUAAAGAACUGUUGGAAAAACUGAUUUUAGAAGAGGAUCAGUUUGAUGUGCGUGACAUUUUACCUAAUACUGUCCCAGAUCCAUCUUCGUUGGUUCUUGAAUCCGACUAUGCUUGUCCAGUGGGUCAAGUUGUUGUAGCACCCGAUUGCGUGCCUUGUUCUGUUGGAACUUAUUACAACAAAGACACUAAAACUUGCAUUUCAUGCCCACAAGGAACUUAUCAAAGUGAGUCUGGACAGUCUCAAUGUAUAGAAUGUCCUGCUAUCGCUGGACGUCCUGGAGUUACUGUAGGACUUGGUGCACGAAGUGCAGCUGAUUGUAAAGAACGCUGUAGUGCUGGCAAAUUCUAUGAUCACGACGCUGGACUAUGCAGAGCCUGCGGCCACGGUUUCUUCCAACCCAAUGAAGGUUCAUUCAGUUGCCAAAUUUGUGGAUUGGGAAAAACGACGCGAACCAAUGAAGCCGUAUCCGCUAAAGAAUGCAGAGACGAAUGUGGAAGUGGACAACAAUUAGCUCAAGAUGGCCGAUGUGAAAAUUGUCCACGCGGCACCUACAGAACCCAAGGCAUUCAAGCAGCCUGCAUAAGUUGUCCAAUUGGUCGCACUACACCAAAAUCAGGUUCGAUGGCUAUUGAGGAAUGUUCUUUACCAGUAUGUAGUGCUGGAACGUAUUUGAAUGGAACAUUAAAUAGUUGCAUUCCUUGUAAGAGGCGGUACUAUCAGCCUGAGUCGCAACAAACUUCAUGUAUUCCAUGCCCACCUAACACUAGUACUAAAGGAACUGGUUCGAAAUCUAAAUCAGAAUGCACAAACCCAUGUGAGAUGAACGGACAAGAAAUGCACUGCGACCCUAACGCUUACUGCCUCCUAAUUCCAGAAACAAGCGACUUCAAAUGUGAAUGCAAACCUGGUUUUAACGGAACAGGAAAAGAAUGUACUGAUGUCUGUGAUGGUUAUUGUGAUAAUGAGGGCGUUUGCAUUAAAGAUGUUACUGGAGCGCCAUCUUGCCGGUGCAUUGGAAGCUUUACCGGUAAACACUGUACAGAAAAAUCAGAAUUCGCAUACAUCGCAGGUGGAAUUGCUGCUUCUGUAAUACUCAUAAUCUUCAUCGUCUUACUUAUAUGGAUGAUUUGUGCCAGGGCAAAUCGGCGCAAGGAACCGAAGAAGCUUCUCAGUCCUGCCACAGACGCAAAUGGUUCUCAAGUCAACUUUUACUAUGGCGCACCGACACCUUAUGCAGAAUCGAUCGCGCCGUCGCAUCACUCAACUUACGCCCAUUAUUAUGACGAUGAAGAAGAUGGUUGGGAAAUGCCAAACUUCUACAAUGAAACCUAUAUGAAGGAGAGUCUACAUAACGGAGUUAAUGGAGGCAAAAUGAACAGCUUGGCUCGCAGUAAUGCAAGUCUGUAUGGAACUAAGGAUGAUUUGUAUGACCGAUUGAAAAGGCAUGCUUACCCAGGAAAGAAGGAAAAAAGUGACAGUGAUAGUGAGGCAGGCCAAUAAAGAACAAAUUACCAGAAAAUUUAGGUCCAAAAGCAUUGCUCAAAAGCAGCACACAGUUUUUUAUUUUAUGCACCUAAUUUAAUAUAAAAUCUGCAAAGUGGAUUUUUUCAUCCUUGGGCAUCAUUUUUUUCGUGCAGCAGAGAGCUUUAUUUUUACCGUUUUAAGAAUAGUCGGGCAUAUAGUUACAAACGAUACACUUCUUGUGGCUGUAUGCCUGAAUAGUCCAAAUGUAGUUUUUUUUAUUCACUUUUUUAGUUACUGGACGAAUUUGUUGAAGAAGUUUCAGAUUUGCACGAAUUGUUUGAAAUUUCUUUAAACAUCUUUUAUUUAAAAAGUAGGUUAGGCAUGUACAAAGUGUCUUGAAUAAUUUUUAUUUCUUCUGUGUUCAGGUUUUUGAUACUUUAAUAUUUACUGAAAUUGACUUUAUACUUUGUUUUGUUAACAAUUUUUUUUAGAUUUAGGAUUUAUUGUUUGUUUGUAACAUUCAUUUUACCCGAGAAACUUAUUAAGUAGAAUAUUUUUACGUUACAUAUGUUACAAAUAAACGAUUAUAUAUGUAUGUAUUUUUAUGUAAUUAAUAAAUAUAUUAAAUGAAUUAAUUAUACAAAUAAUAAUGCGAAUAUGAUGAAGUGCACAUGAACUCUGAAUGUUAAGGCAUCUAAACUUAAGGUAUGACUGAACGAAACGAUAAUGUUAUUAUAUUUAAAACAUAAUAAAUUAUAAAAAAUUA